AUGGUGGUUUUAAGGAAUGUUUUGCUCACGCUGGGCGUUGCGUCGACUGCCAUUGCCGGUAACAGCAAUGGGGAAAAGCUGAAGACUUGUCUCAAGUAUGCAUUGACUGACAGCGGUCGUGUUGCAUUCGCUGGAGACCCUUUAUAUCAAGUCGCUGAUGUGAAGCGCUACAAUCUGAAUAUUCCUGUGACCCCAGCUGCUGUUACAUUCCCUACCUCUUCGCAUCAGGUCGCUGCGAUUGUCAAGUGUGCAGCAGAUAAUAGAUACCAUGUUCAGGCUAAGAGUGGUGGUCACAGUUAUGCCAAUUAUUGUCUCGGCGGAACGGACGGUGCCGUUGUCGUCGACCUCAAGAACCUGCAACAAUUCUCAAUGGACAACACGAACUGGCAUGCAACGAUAGGAGGUGGAACACUACUCGGAGAUGUAACACAGCGUCUGCACGAUGCUGGAGGACGGGCAAUGUCCCACGGGACUUGUCCGCAAUUCGGGGCCGCUCUUGACCACAUCGUGGGAGCAGAAGUGGUACUCGCCAAUUCAAGUAUUGUGCACGCAUCAGAAAGCGAGAACCAAGACGUGUUCUGGGCAAUUAAGGGCGCGGCGUCUGGCUUUGGUAUUGUUACAGAGUUCACCGUUCGCACUGAGCCUGAGCCCGGCACUGCCGUUAAAUACGAAUACACACUCAAGAUAGGAAGUACGCAAGAGCGAGCUAGUCUGUUCAAACAGUGGCAGGCAUAUAUUUCCGACCCGCAGCUUACGCGCAAACUGGCAUCUACGCUCACCUUGUUGGAGGACACACUUAUUAUCACGGGAACAUUUUUCGGCACGGAAGAAGAGUACGAGGCUCUUGAUAUCGGAGGUCAGUUCCCAGGCGCCAAUGGCACAGCAAUUGUUUUCCAGGACUGGCUCGGUCUGGUAGGCGACUGGGCCGAAGAAGCCGCGUUAGAGCUGGGAGGAGGAGUCGCAUCCAAUUUCUAUUCCAAGUCUACAGCCUGGACACCGAAGAAUAUCAUGAGCAAUGAGACUAUCGACAGCCUCUUCGAUUAUAUUGAUACCGCGGACAAGGGGACACUGAUCUGGUUCCUGCUCUUCGACUUCCAGGGCGGGUAUACGAAUGAUAUCCCGACUGACGCGACUGCAUAUGCCCAUCGUGACGUCUUGCUCUGGUUGCAGUCUUACUCGAUUAAUCUUUUGGGCUCGGUUUCUCAGACUCAAAUUGAUUUCUUGGAUCAGGUUAACAAGCUGAUUACACCCGAUGAUCAUCCCUAUGCUGCGUACCCGGGUUAUGUUGAUCCUCUCAUGUCUAAUGGAGCAGAGGCGUACUGGGGCUCUAAUUUGGCUCGUCUGCAGAGGAUUAAAGGGGAUAUUGACCCGGAUAAUGUGUUCCGAAAUCCCCAGAGCCCGAUGCCUGCUUUGCGGUAG